AGCAAGCAAUGUGUGGGUGAGAUAUACACAACUAUGAACGCACCCAGAACUGGUCGAACCAAAGUGAAGGGUACAGUUACUUCUCAAUUUCAACUUCAGAUUCAAAUUUGUUCUUCUUGGUUAGUACCAACAGAUAGUUUGAGUGAUUACACAGUUUUAUUUCGAUGACUACAGUCGGUUUUAAUCAACAAGAUCGUUUUCUGCAAAUCGGAUAAGCUUAUAUUCGCACAGGGCCCGCGAGAGCCGCCGAAUUCUCAGGGACGACCCUGACUAUAAACAGAGUGUGUGUAUAAGUCAGCUGCUACAGGCAUGGAUGCUGCAGUGCUCUCGUGUUGCUUUCGUAAUGUAUUAGAAAUUAGUGUCCCUAUCGGGUCUGCAAAAUCAUGGAAGACUACGAUAAUAAGAAACCGUAGGGAUCAAGUUAGGUUAAGUUUGAUGGAUCCAUCAAGAACCAGGAUUAACCUUAGAAAACCCAUCAAGAAACUCAAAGAUCCUCAAGGUAUUAAUGAUCCACCGGUUUUUACGGUUAACGAAUCAUUACAUAAGGAAACAAGACCUUUUCAUGACCCUGGUGAUUCAGUCGUAAUUGAUUUUGACGGUACAGUUGAUGCUUUAAGUAAUGACUCGGAAACCGACAACGAUGAAGAGAAAGAGCAAAUAGAAGAAAAUCCCGAGUGGGAUCCCGAGGAUAUUGAAACGAUUACCGCUCUGUUUAGAGGUAGAAUUCCUCAAAAACCGGGAAAAUUAGUUAGAAAACGACCUCUUCCGCUCCCACUUCCAUACAAAAACCGACCACCGGGACUUCCAUCUUCAAAGAAAUGGUCAAGAACUACAAAUUCUUCAAGAAAAUCUUUAUCUAGUAGAGUGUACAAAGACCCGACGUUUUUAAUCGGUCUAGCCAAAGAAAUCAGAAAUCUCGAUCCCGAAAAAGACGUUUCCACCGUUCUCGACAAAUGCAGUCGGUUUCUUCGAAAAGGCUCACUAUCGUUAACGGUAAGGGAGUUAGGCCACAUGGGUCUACCCGAACGAGCGUUACAGAUAUUCUGUUGGGUGCAAGAACAACCGCAUUUGUCCCCAGACGAUCGGCUUCUCGCUUCAACGGUCGAAGUCCUCGCGAGAAACCACGAACUGAAACUAUCGUUCAAGCUAGAAAAAUUCUUGAGCCUAUCAAGCCAAAACGUAUACGAGGCGGUUGUGCGAGGUUUCACAAGAAGCGGCAACUUAAAACUCGCGUACAAGCUUGUUUCCGCCGCUAAAAACGGGAAAAUGAUACUGGAUUCAGGCGUUUACGCUAAGCUUAUUUUAGAACUCGGGAAAAACCCCGAUAAUCACGUGCUUGUAUUGAAUCUACUAGAAGAGCUUGCGGAAAGAGAUGAUCUAAAUCUAACGCAACAAGAUUGCACCGCGAUUAUGAAAGUUUGCGUCAGGCUCAGGAAGUUCGAGAUCGUCGAGAAUUUAUUUAACUGGUUUAUAGACUCGGGGAUGAAACCGAGCGUGGUGAUGUACACUACUCUUAUUCACAGUCGUUAUUCUAAUAACUGUUAUCGAGAAGCACUGGCGUUGGUUUGGGAAAUGGAAGGGUUAAAUUGUCUUUUUGAUCUUCCGGCAUAUCGUGUGGUGAUUAGACUUUUUGUUGCGCUUAAUGAUCUCGAGAGGGCGGUAAGAUAUUUUUCGAAACUUAAGGAGGCGGGAUUUUCUCCGGCGUUUGAUAUUUAUAUGGAUGUUAUUAAGAUUUACGCGGUUAAUGGGAGAAUCGCCAAGUGUAAAGAGGUGUGUAAGGAGGCAGAGGUUGCGGGAUUCAAGAUCGAAGAACAAACACGGUCCGUGUUGAUGCAACUGCAAGAAUAAACAUGUGUUGAGUUUGUAUUUAUAUGUAUUGUAAGUUCCAUAAAUCUGUUGGUAUUGCCUUUAGGAUUAUUCAGAGGUUUGCUAUGAAAUAUCUUUAGAAUGGGUUAA